CUGGGCAGGUCCUCACUCAAGGCCAGGCUCCCUUUAAGUUUCCUAGUCCUUUGCCCCUUCUCUGGCAAGUCCCUCAAUCCUAGAGAACAGAGCACAGGCAUGUCCCAGCUGCUCCUCCUGUCACUCACCCUCUGGGCGAGCUGCUCCCCUGGCAAUGCAAGGAGAGCUGCUCUGAGCCAGCCCAGGGUGCGAUGCCUUGCCUCUCGGUACCCCGUGGCUGUGGACUGCUCCUGGACGCCGCUGGGGGCUCCCAACUCCACGAUGGCCACGUCCUUCAUCGCCACUUACAGGCUAGGCGUGGCCGCCCACCAGCAGAGCCGGUCCUGCCUACAGCUGAACCCCCAGGCCACUCGGUGCACCAUCCCCCACGUGCAACUGUUCUCCAUGGUACCCUACGUGUUAAAUGUCACAGCAGUGCACCCCAGCGGCGCCAGCAGCAGCCUCCUGGCCUUUGUGGCUGAACAGAUCAUCAAGCCUGAUCCCCCGGAAGGCGUGCGCCUGCGCGCAGCGGGGCAGCGGCUGCAGAUGAUCUGGCAUCCCCCUGCCUCCUGGCCUUUCCCGGACAUCUUCUCUCUCAAGUACCGCGUCCGCUACCGGCGCCAGGGAGCCUCUCACUUCCGCCAGGUGGGACCCAUUGAAGCCACGACCUUCACCCUGAGGGCUGCGCAGCCCCAUGCCAAGUACUUGGUCCAGGUGUCAGCCCAGGACCUCAUGGACUAUGGGAAACCAAGUGACUGGAGCCUCCCCGGGCAAGCGGAGAGGGCUCCCCUUAAUCCCUGAAGAGGAACUGGAUCCUUGAUAGCAGACCCUGAUGUCAUCUACUUCAAAGUGACUGGUUGGCCUGGCCUGGGUUCAAGUCCUGACUGCACUUGCUGGGAUGGUUGGCAGCUUUGAACAACUGACUUGACCUCUCUGGACCUCAAUUUCCAAACCUGUGGGGAUGGUAUUUUUCCUUCUAUAAGUGCCGGGCUUUGUGAACUGCAAAUGUGAUCUGAUUAGAAAUUUUAAUUAAAUAAGAAUUAUUAGCUGGUUA